CUGGUAUUCCGAGCGGAUGUGACGCAGCAGCAGGAGUGUGACCCGAGGAACCUCAAACAUGCGUCAAUCCCGAAAAAACAAACUCCACCAAAUAUCGGAUUAUUAUCACAAACCGUAAUUCCUACUCCAAAACCUAUUCAUGCUAUAAAUCAAGGAUAUAAUAAAUCAGAUAAUCCAGCAGGGACUCAUGUGUUUGUCUUGUGGAGCCCUGUUUAAUCCAGCACCCCUCCAUGGAUUAAGCGCAGAGAAAAGCUGAAUCCAAUCAUUCUGCUCGAGGAGGGUCGUGGCACCGGUGCAACAUGCCCCUUCCAUUCGGAUUAAAGCUCAAGAGAACCAGAAGAUACACAGUGUCCAGCAAAAGCUGCCUGGUGACCCGCAUACAGCUGCUCAACGGCGAAUAUGUGGAGUUCACGCUUUCGGUGGAAAGCACGGGACAAGAAUGUCUGGAGGCAGUCGCGCAGAGACUCGAGUUACGGGAGAUAACAUAUUUCAGCCUCUGGUACUGCAACAAACAAAACCAGCAGAGAUGGAUUGAUUUGGAGAAGCCACUGAAGAAACAGCUUGACAAGUACGGGCUGGAGCCGACCGUUUACUUUGGGGUGGUGUUCUACGUGUCGUCUGUUACCCAGUUACAACAAGAGAUAACCAGAUAUCAGUAUUAUCUGCAGCUGAAGAAAGAUGUUCUGGAGGGGAAGAUCCCGUGCUCCAUUGAGCAAGCCAUUCAUUUGGCCAGCUUGGCUGUGCAAGCUGACCUUGGAGACUUCAAUCGAUAUGACUCCCAGGAAUUCCUUCAAAAAAUUGUGCUUUUUCCAAUGCCAUGGAUCCAGGACGAGAGGGUUGUGGAAGAGGCCACUCAGAAAGUCACCAUGCUCUAUCAGAACUACCGAGGUCUGUCUGCACCAGAGGCGGAGUUACUCUACAUGCAGGAGGUGGAGAAGAUUGAGGGAUACGGUGAGGAGAGUGUCCAAGCGAAGGAUGCUCAGAGCACAGAUGUGAUCAUUGGCUCUUGUCUGGAUGGGAUUUUUGUCAAGCACAAAAAUGGGAAAGCACCUCUUAUCUUUCGGUGGAAUGACAUAAAUAAUAUGACUCAUAAUAAGUCUUUCUUUGCCCUGGAGCUUGCCAACAAAGAAGACACAAUCCAGUUCCAGACCGAGGACAUGGAGACGUCCAAAUAUGUGUGCAGAAUGUGGCUGGCGCGGCACAAGUUUUACAAAAUUAACAACAGCAGUCUAGAGCUGUCUGAGCCGUCUGGCCCAAACUCUGAGGGCUCCCAGAGGUCCAUACUUUCUCUUUCUUUUCCUCGUUUUCCAAACCUCUCUCGUCCCUCUGUUCCUGCUGACAAGGGACAAACGCAGCCCGCUCCUGUAAACACAGUGAGGCGACGGUCCUCGACGAGAAUGUCUCUGCCAAAACCGCAGCCCUACAUGAUGCCACCUCAGAUGCACUUUAACGGCCAUUACACCGAACCGUACACGUCUUCACAAGAUAAUCUUUACAUCAACAACCAGAAUGGUUUCUACUACCAUUCCCAGACCAGUCUGGACCGCUCUCCGCACGAGUACAAUGGCCGGAUCCGUAACGGCAGCGUUUACAGCGCCCAGAGCACCAGCUCCCUCAACAACCCCCAGCACUACCUGCAGCCGUCGCCCAUGUCGUCCAACCCCAGCAUCACAGGAAGUGACCUCAUGCGGCCCGACUACGUGCCUUCCCACCGGCACAGCGCCCUGAUACCGCCGUCCUACCGCGCCACGCCCGAUUACGAGACGGUCAUGAGGCAGAAGAACCUCGGGAUGAUCCCGCCGGCCGAGCGCCAGAGCCACUCCAUGAGGAACCUGAAUAUCAGCAACUCGUACGCCUACAGCCGGCCCGACCCGCUCGUGUACAGCCAGCCGGAGAUCCGCGAGCACGGCACGGGUCAGUACCCCUUCCACCUCAACUACAGCUUCCACAGUCCCUCCCCGUACCCCUAUCCCACCGAGAGACGGCCUGUAGUGGGUGCCGUCAGCGUCCCCGAGCUCACCAACGUCCAGCUCCAGCAGGCGCAGGAAUAUCCUCCGCCCAACAUCAUCAGGAAUCAGGUUUACUGGCCGCCGCCGCCAUAUCCCUACCCUCACCCUCGACCCGCCAACAGCACCCCGGACCUGUCCCGCCAUCUCUAUGUCAGCAGCAGCAACCCGGAUCUGAUCACGCGCCGCGUCCAUCACUCGGUACAGACCUUCCAGGAGGACAGCCUGCCCGUGGCGCACUCGCUGCAGGAAGUGAGCGAACCGCUCGUCACGCCCCGACGGCCUCACAUGCACAAGCGCAACUCCAUCGAGAUCGCCGGGCUGGCGUACGGCUUGGAGAACAUGAGGCUAAAGGAGAGGAAGGUAUCCGCAUCUGCGGCUGACACCCCGCCCCCUGUUGCCCAGGCGAUGCAGCCUACAGCAUCCGGUUCCGACAUUAAUGUCGUCCUGGAGGCUACGAAGCCCGAGGAUGCGAUCAUCAAGGAGGAUGUCAUCUACGGCCACAAAAAAUCCCUGUCUGACGCCACAAUGCUGGUGCACAGCAGCGGUGAGGAGGAAGAGUUCGAAGACGACAGCGGCCGACACACACCCCAGUCUCAGGAUGCAGUGGGCGGUCCCGAGCAUCACAUGACGGCGAUGGGACAGCCCCUCGUAGAUCCGCCCGCUUAUCCGUUCAGCCACAGUAUGGAGACGGUCCUGACAGGCCCUCUGGCGUACCAGCCCCAUCCCAUCAUCCGCAAACCGGAGGACCUGGUGCAGCUGCCACCUCUGCGAGAGCCCGGUCACAUGGUCCCUUCAGUAUCAGAGGGGGAUCUGAGCGGACAGGGACGCUUGAGACAGAAGAGAGACGUCUUUAAGAGACCCGUCUCUGACGUGCCUCCUGCCAGAAGGAAUAUCGAUGGCCUUCCUCCAGCGGGUAUGAAGAAAGGACGCUCCGAGGUCAAGAAGGUGGGUCCGCUGAAGAUGGCGGCUCUCAACGGCCUGACCCUGUCCAGAAUGCCUCUGCCCGAUGAAGGGAAGGACGACCCAGAGAACGCGUCUAACGAUGAGCGGUGUAAGAUACUGGAGCAGCGCAUGGAGCAGGGGAUGGUGUUCACAGAGUACGAGCAGGUGCACAAGAGGCGACCCAACUGUGAGUGCACCAUCGCUCAGAUGCCCGAGAACAGUGACAGGAACCGCUUCCAGGACGUCCUGCCCUACGACGACACACGUGUGGAGCUGGUGCCCACCAAAGAGAACAACACGGGCUACAUCAACGCCUCGCACAUCAGGGUUACGGUCAGAGGAAAGGAGUGGAGUUAUAUCGCGUCUCAGGGUCCGCUCUCCAGCACCUGCCAAGACUUCUGGCAGAUGGUUUGGGAACAAGGAGUCGCUAUCAUCGCAAUGGUUACAGCGGAGGAGGAAGGGGGUCGUGAAAAGAGUUUCCGCUAUUGGCCUCGUCUGGGCUCUCGCCACAACACUGUUACAUACGGGCGAUUUAAGAUCACCACACGCUUCCGCACGGACUCUGGGUGCUAUGCCACAACGGGCCUAAAGAUCAAACACCUCCUCACGGGACAGGAGCGAACCGUCUGGCACCUGCAGUACACGGACUGGCCCGAUCACGGCUGCCCGGAGGACUUUAAAGGCUUUCUCUCAUACUUGGAGGAGAUCCAGUCCGUGAGGCGACACACCAACAGCUCCAGUGAUCCAAAGAACACAAACCUGCCGGUCCUGGUGCACUGCAGUGCAGGGGUGGGACGCACUGGUGUGGUCAUCCUGUCUGAGAUCAUGAUAGCUUGUCUGGAACAUAAUGAGAUGCUGGACGUCCCGACUGUUCUGAACUUGCUGCGGCAGCAACGCAUGAUGAUGGUACAGACGCUCUCACAGUACACCUUCAUUUACAAAGUGCUCAUUCAGUUCCUGAGAAACUCCAGACUGAUCUGAGACCAGCGCUGGCACAGGGGUCCCACGAGCCUCUCACAACCCCUCAGUCCCCGCCGGAGCUUCCUCACAGUAUUAGUGACGGGGCGAGACACGAGCCGGGGCAAGUAUGAAGGACGCUGCGCCGCGCUCUGUUUUACCAGUAUUAUUCACAGAUUUCACUGUGGGCUUGUACACGGAUGUCAGUCCCAGCACUUUUAUUUUGCUGUACAUAGACGCGAAUGACGCAGCUCUCUUAUUUAAUACGAUACGCUGAACUGCAGUGGUUCUUUUAUACCAGGUGGGAUUUUAUUCGUUUACGCAUGAAGGUUUAGCGAGCCAACAUGAAAAAGCGGGACACAGUGUUUAAAAGACAUGUGACAUGGUGAACUUCAAUAGAUGGAUGAAUCUCACGAAACGCCCAAAUUUGGUGUGAAAAUGUGCUUGCAGUUAUGCUGAAAUGCAAAAAAGGCUUGCUUUUCUGUAUGCAAAAUGUCUAAAUGCUCAUUUCUUUUCAUGAGAUUCACCCAUUUGCAUCAUGGGAUGGACUACGACUAUGUCCAGUGUUACGCGGCAUGUUAAAGUGAAGCUGUUGCUUGAGAUUUUACCAUUUAACCCUACGAAUGGGUUUCACCGAUCAAGUGCAUCUCAAGUUUGAAUGCAGCCAAAGACGGGAGGGUUUAUUUUCUGAUCGCAGACGCAACCUAUAAAUAAUUUACAGUAUGUAUUAAAAUUGUAUAUGUAAACUUUAUUCUACGUAUAAUAAUCAGAAAGGCUUUCUCGUUGCAUUAGGGAUGAUUUUGUAUUUUUCCAGCUCUUGCCACAUUUCCACCAGCAUUCAAUAACCUGACACACCAAAGAGCGUCACAGACUCUGCUUCUGCAUCGGAGUGAACAAUACUGUGGGUUUAUUGUGAACGGUCUGUGGCCUCGUUAUCUCACACACACCAGCUAUGAUGGUUUACCAAAGAGUUUUCAGCAUAUCGAGUUCUUUGAGUCUUAAAACACUGUGAAACUGCAUUAUCCAUUCUGUUUGCAGAGGAACUGAAGAAGCAGAAUGUGCCAUAGCAAAUCAUUAGGCCCUUUGUGUUUUAAUUUGUGGUUUGAAUUGCAAUCAGGUUAUUUAUGAUAAAGAAGUGGAGAUUGAUGCCUACAUUCCACCAUAAUGGUGCUGUUGCAUGUUCUUAAAGAAAUAGUUCACUCAAAAAUGUACAUUUGCUGAAAAUGUACGAAUUUGGAGAAAUCCAUCACUUGCCCACCAAUGGAUGCUCUGCGGUGAAUGGGUGCUGUCAGAAUGAGAGUCCAAACAGCAGAUAAAAACACCACUCCAGUCCAUCAGUUGACAUCUUGUGAAGACAAAAGCUGAAACAACUAAAAUGUGAGUCCAUAAUCCAUAAUAACGCUUCCUCCAGUGAAAAAGUUACAAAUCUCCUGUCGUCUCUCGCAUCAAAAUCCAGCACCAUAUUUGUUUUGGACUGUUUUGGCUUGUAAACGGUGCUUGAUCUGUGCAGAUUUCUCUCCUGUUUCAGAUAAAAAAAAAUUUACUGGAGAAAGCGUUAUUAUGGUUAUUAGAAGAGAAGUUAAAAGUUAAAACCGUCUUCAUGAUGGAUGUGUUUCAGCGUUUGGCUUCUACAUUUACAGUACAUUUUUGCAGCAAAUCUUAAUUUUUAGUGAACUAUUGCUUUCAACCCAAAUGGACCUGCAGCAUCCCAUUCAAACAAAAGCUUGACGUGAUUUAUUUUAAAUUUAUAUGAAUGAACAGUCAUUUGCAAUUUAUUGAAAGUAUCCAAUUUUUGUGGAGCCAAGUUUUGCCAUGGGUGAACUUCACAGAAACUUUCGAGAAACUUCCAGGUCAUAUUUCACUACAAAAAUCAAAAGAAAAAAGCAAUGCAAUUUAAGUAAUAAAAUACAUUUGCAAAGUGCAAUUGAAAGUAUUUGUUGUACUGAAUUUAAUUUAUUGUGUGCAGAAAGGACGAUUUAUUACUGAAUUUCAGUAAUGAGGAUGAGAUUUUUCACAUUACGGUAAUGAGAAUUUGAGGGCAAAUAGUUGCGUUAAUUGUUAAAGAAAGGUUUAAUGGUCCCAGAAUAGGCUAAAUUAUAAAAUUCAUUAAAUUAUGCUUUUUCUUUUGAUUAUGGGCUGAAAUAUGACCAGAAAUGUUCUUGGUAAGAGUUGCCCUUUUUAUUCAGUUCUGACUGGUGCCUGAACCAAUAGCAGUGUGUCCUUGUUGGGCUUUGGUUAAACUGUAAAAUAAAAUAUUUUUUGUUGUGAAGGACAAUCACUUUUUCACAUUAUACUGUGCAUCUGAAUAUCAUGGAACAUUAAUUCAAAAACCGACUAAAAUGGAAUAUAUCCACAGUUUGAGUUCCUUCACCACAAUGGUGUUUAAUCCGCAUUUAUCCAUCAUUACUAGGAGUCAUUCAAAUGUUUUGGAGUACAUGGUUGUAAAAGCACAAUGUCUGUCUCAAACCUUUUCAUAAUUCAUGUUGAGUUUUGUUGGUUUAGAUUUAGACGAACUGCUGCAGUGUUUGAGGCUGAUGUGAGUGGACAAUGAUCAGUGUUCAUCUGAACUGGAAAACUGAACUUCAAGACAAUAAUGAACAAAGCUGAAAACUGGACUGUAAAAGCCCUUCCCAGAGCUGCUUUUUGGAAUACAUGUAUAUUAAUAGCAGAUAUUGUUUAUAUUGCUGAUUUUAAGUGUUAUUAACUUUUAACCACAUUGCAUUUGAAGCUAGUAAAACUGCUGUUUACCCCGGAUGAUUCUCAUGUGUUUUGGUUGUGUAGAGCGAGAUCUCAGCCGUCGCUGCCGCCAUCAUGAGUGUGUGUUCUGAUGAUGUACAGCUGUCAGAAGAGCUAAAUUAUAUCCCAUUGUAAACAACUAUAUUUUUCAUUCAGAAAAUAAAUAUUUUAA